UGGAAGAGCUGAUGGAGCUUGUUGCGCUUCUCGUCAACACGGUCUGGUCUCAGGAAAGAAGUGCCGGCGACUCAGUUUAAGAACGUCCAGGCUGUCCUUACCCCUAGGGUCUAGAUGCGAGCUGAGAAUAGAAGUCUUGCGAGCAGGAGUCAAAACCUCGCAAAUAUGCCAACAGUGCACAUGAUUUGUAGCAAAUAUUCGUGAGUGCAAGUACGCUCCAUAUGGUCGAGGUGGCCUCCAUUUCAGGGGCAUCUGAAUAUCACACACGUGGACCGCGGCACAGUACUGACAGGACACACAUACCUCCAUCCAUAGGACGAGUCGCGAGUAUUCUUCGAUGUACGCUUGAUAUCCGGCUUGAGUACAAGUUUAAAUAUGCCGCCAACCACAGGCAUGACUAUGUUUAAUUUGUGCAAGCAGUACGCAGACUUCCUUGUCAUUGCGCUACAUACAAUUUGCUAUACACGCUCUCUCUAUGACAAACGCUACUUUGACAAAGCGCGCGUCUACAGCUGUGCUGUACCUCGAUGCAAACAUCCAGUGCUUGUAGACUACAUCAAUGAUUUGGUGGCAAGCAUAGCAGAAGAACUCAGACGAUGCACAGUCUCGCGCAUCAAUGUCGUCAUUCUCUCAAAGACAGAGCAAGCCUAUGAACGCUUCAUCUUUGAUGUUGCCAAUUUGCCUAUUGUAGCGCCAGAAGACUUGCAUGUGCCUUUUGCGGGGACUUCAGAUGAACCUGGUCAGCUGGACGCUCAGUUCCGAGCAUCAAUCGUCAAGCUGUCCAUGGCAGAGACGCGACUCGGACCAUUGCCACCGAAUUGUACAUUCGGCGUUUCGAUUGACCUGAGGAACGAAAGCAUGCCUCAAACAACGAAGUAAGCGCCGGACAAACACUUGUGCCGCUGAGACGCAUCACCUAUGGGCCCAUCAAGCUCAA